GGCGCAAACUAGGCCGGACGGUCCGGUGUCGCCGACGCCGAGCCUCUAAAGACGGGGCGGGGGGGUUAAGGGGGGCGCUGCUCAGCCGCCGCCAUCUUGUGAGGCGGGUCGUGCGAAAGGCAGCCCGGGGGCAUCGAGUGGACCGCCUCCUCAUCCCACCGCCUAGUCGGCCAGGGACCUUUCUGACUUCAUUUUGGGUGGACUGCUGGAAUGUCGGCCAAACCCUGAAGAACUUGGCACUGGGAGAUUCCUAAGGACUAGCACUUCACUGGUAGCAAUGGAGUAUGAGAGAAGAGGUGGUCGUGGAGAUCGCACUGGCCGCUAUGGUGCUGUUGACCGUAGCCAGGACGAAGGUGAGGGCCGUAGCCAGAGAGACCACGACUACAGAGAUAUGGAUUAUCGAUCCUAUCUGCGAGAUUUCGACAACCAGGAACUCAAUGAUGACUAUGAUGACUCCUCUGAGGAACACAGCGUGGAGGAUCCCUAUGAAGCCUCCUCUGGACCAGAGCUGCCACGCAGAAAACGGGACAGUCCCAAUGAUCAGCUGGGGUUUCCGGGGGACGGUGACUACCGCGAUCAGGACUACCGAACAGAGCAAGAGGAGGAGGAGCAGAAGGCCAGCAGCAUCAUCAUGCUGAGGAUGCUGCCCCAGUCGGCCACUGAGAACGAUAUCCGUGCCCAGCUGCAAGCCCAUGGAUUCCAACCCCGGGAGGUGCGGCUGAUGCGGAAUAAAGCUUCAGGUCAGAGCCGGGGCUUCGCCUUCGUCGAGUUUAAUCACUUGCAGGACGCUACACGAUGGAUGGAAGCCAAUCAGCAUUCCCUUUCCAUCCUUGGCCAGAAGGUCUCCAUGCACUACAGCGACCCAAAGCCCAAGAUCAACGAGGACUGGCUCUGCAGUAAGUGUGGAGUGCAGAAUUUCAAGCGCAGAGAGAAAUGCUUCAAGUGUGGCAUUCCCAGAUCCGAAGCUGAGCAGAAGCUACCCCCUGGUAGCCGCUUGGAUCAGUUGGUGGCUCUGUCGGGUCGUGAGCUCAGCCAAGGUCUUCUGCCCCUCCCACAAUCUUACCAAGUAUCCGCAGCCCUGUCUGCUCAGCCUGUAGCCCAGAUGUCUGAACCUUGUGCAGAGAAUGCAAAUGACACUAUCAUCCUUCGAAAUCUGAAUCCUCACAGCACAAUGGACUCCAUCUUGAAUGCCCUGGUGCCUUAUGCGGUUCUCUCGUCCUCCAACGUCCGGGUCAUCAAGGACAAGCAGACGCAGCUGAACCGUGGUUUUGCUUUCAUUCAGCUCUCCACCAUUGUGGAGGCAGCGCAGCUGCUGCAGAUCCUACAGGCCCUGCACCCGCCCCUGAACAUUGAUGGCAAGACAAUUAACGUGGAGUUUGCCAAAGGGUCCAAGCGGGACAUGAGCUCAUCAGAUGGAAACCGCAUCAGCGCCGCUUCUGUGGCCAGCACGGCCAUUGCAGCUGCACAGUGGGCGAUCUCUCAGGUAAGGCGGGGAAGCAUGUUGGGAGAGGAUUUGUUACCCCGACACACCUCCUCUCUCAGCACGCUGCAAAGAUUUCUUCCCCGAUGA